UCAGCUGAGUGUACCAACCACAGCUGAUCGAGUCAACACACGCACACAGCGACCACCUCCUUCACUCAGAUGAACUCAGUGCCGUUCGUUGCCAGACACCAAGUGCAUUUUGCUCCGCGAACAUUUUGACCUUUCCGAGUUUCGUGAGUUAUCCCCUUUAAAUUAAUUAAUUAGUGAACGACGUCGAUUAAAGUGAACAUUUUCGAAUCGAUUCGAAACGUUUUCUUGGGAUGACACCCCGAGAAAAAGUACGCUGAAAGGGAUUUCUUUAUUAACUCGUAGGAAAAGCGUAAAAUUUAAAAAUCGUCAAAAAUGCCAUCGUUACUCGAAGCUUUGGAACAAAAAUACGGUGAAAGUUCGACGGAAUCCGAAGGAUCUGAAGAGGAAGGAAUUUCAGUUUCGAUUUUUGUACCUAGACGUAAUCAACGAGUAACCGUUCCUUCAUUAUUGGUUCUAAAUGAUUGUGAUAUUACCACUGCCGGCGAACACAGUGCUUUAAUUGAUAAAUGUGCCUCCGUUGAAGAACUUGAUCUUGCCAAAAACAAAUUAAAUUAUUGGCCGGAGGUUUUUGGUAUUCUCCAACAAAUGCCGAGAUUAAAAUUUAUUAAUUUAAGUUUCAACCAACUUUCCCGACCGUUAAAGCAAGCUGAAGUGGACGUAAGAAUCCGUUGGGAAUUUUUAAGGAAUCUCGUUUUAAAUUCCACACAAAUCGAUUGGGAAAGCGUUCGGCACAUCUUGGAUUAUUCCCCAACUUUGGAAGAACUACAUUUAAGCCUAAACGACUACCAAGGUGUCGACUUAUGCGAGGUCUGUUCUAAAAAUCAAGAAAUCCUCCAAGGAAGCGAUUCAAAUAACUGUAAAUGUCCCUCGGAAAUAUGCAGAAACAAGCACAAACAUUUAGGUAUUAAAAAGCUACAUUUUAACGGAAAUCCGGUUUGCAAAUGGUCGGAAAUUAAAAAGUUGGGGUACGCCUUUCCGAAUUUGGAAUCGUUAGUUCUUGCCGAUUGCCCGAUUUUAACGUUGGACGAACAAUCUCAAGAGAAUCGGAAAAGAGAAUAUAACAGAACCGAAAGCGAAUGUGAAUCUAACGAAAACAAUGAUUCUCCGCACGAUAGUUUUCGAAAAUUAAGAUUUCUAAAUUUGAAUUCAAGUCAGUUGUCUAAUUGGGAUGAAAUUGAAAGACUUUCGAAGUUUCCUGCUUUACAAUGUUUGAGAAUUCAGGGUUGUCCUUUAUGGGAUAGUCACGAAUACACCGAACAUGAACGCCGUCAACUCUUAAUAGCACGUCUUCCCAACGUUGAAAUGUUAAACGGUGGUGGGAAUAUCGAACACGAUGAAAGAGAAGACGCCGAAAGAGCGUUUAUAAGAUAUUACAUGGAUAAACCGGAAAGUGAUCGCCCGGAAAGAUAUUCGGAACUGAUUGGAAUUCACGGCAAAUUAGAUCCUUUGGUGAACGUCGAUUUAAGACCUGAAAAAAGGGUCCGCGUUACUUUUACGUGCGGAACUCAUAGUGAGGUGAGGUCCGUUGAUGUUUAUAGAACCGUUUGCGAUUUAAAAACGCGAUUGGAACAAUUCGCUGGAUUUCCUGCUGCGAAAAUGAGAUUGUUUUAUGUUGAUCAAGAUUUGAGGGAUAUUCAAGGUCCUGAAGAAAUGAAAUUUCCGCAUAAACAACUUUACAGUUAUAAUAUUCGUUCAGGGGAUGAGAUCAUUGUAGAUUCUAAGAAAAAACUUGUAGAAAAAUAAAAAAAAAUGCUAAUAAUUAACUGCCAAUUAUUUUUUUGUUCGUUUUUAAGGCAGUAACUUAAAUGUUAUUAAUUUUAAUCAGUUAUAAUUAUUUCCCAGUUGUUCAAAUACUAACUUAAAUUAACUUUAAUUUAUGUAUAUCCUAAUUAUUUUAUUGUAAUUGUGAUAUCCCCGACUGCUGCUGGCAAAGUAUAAGGUUUUUAUGGAUGAUGUUUAAGCGAAGGAAAAACUGCCAUGUAGUUUUGUUAGAAAUGUGAUUUAGAAAUUAAGAAUUAUCUAAAUCGGAGUUUGAAUGAUAAAAAAAAUAAAUUUUUGGUGGAGGUUAA